GAAAAAAAAAGUAAAAAACAAAAGAGAGAAGAGGAACCGAGAAGAUCCAAGCUGAGCUUGUGACUAGAGGAAGUUGGGAGAGAGAAGAAAUCGAAAUCUAAAUCGUAAUUGAAAAUGGCAGUGAUGGAGAAACUGAAGAUGUUCAUUGUUCAAGAGCCCGUUGUUGCUGCUUCCUGCCUCAUCGCUGGCUUCGGCCUUUUCCUUCCUGCUGUUGUGAGGCCCAUUCUGGAUUCAUAUCAGGAAUCCAAGCAACCUCCUCAGCCUGCUUUAAGCGAUGUAGUUGCUGGUAUGACGGGUAAAAAGUAAUGUAAUUCACACUCGAGCAAAUUAUUGGAGUUCCCUGCUUGAAUUUAUUUUCGUUCAUACUUUGAAAUGAAUAAGAGUACUAACUCUGGGAUUUUGGUGCCAUUUAUGACUGUCAUCUGUUGGUUUUUCUCAUCUCAUGUUAAUUAGGCCAAAUGUUGGGUUAAAUCAGUUUUUCUUCCUAUUUAA